CAUGGCUUCACGAGGUAUAUAAGCAAGGAGUCAAAAAAUGAAAUCGAUACAUGUGUUUUCAAUCUUCAAAAUCAUGAAGGUCCUUGCUAUCGUCUUGGUUGCGCUCGCCGUCGUUCAGGCGGCUGAAAGGGACUUGUCCAAAUACCAGCCCCGAUCUGUUCUGUACCCUCGUGCUCCAUCGACAUCUACCAACUCCAAAGUCUUCCCUAAACGAUCACCAACGGUUGACACCCGCGGUUUCUGCGGCCAGGCCAAGUCCUCUAGCCGUAUCGUCGGUGGAACUGAAGCUGUGCCCCACUCUUUGCCAUGGCAAGUGGCUGUGUUCAUCGAUGACAUGUACUUCUGUGGUGGUUCAUUGAUUUCAAACGAAUGGGUCCUCACUGCUGCUCAUUGCGCUGAUGCUGCUGUUUUCUUUGACAUUUACUUGGGAUCCCAUAAUGUUCGUUUGGCUGCUGCCGAUGAGCCAACUCGCGUUGAGGUUAGAUCCACCGAAUACACCGUCCAUCCCGAAUGGGCAUCUCUACGUAUCCGCAACGACGUCGCUUUGAUCAAGCUGCCCGCCCCAAUUGAAUUCACUCCUGAAAUUCAACCGAUUUGCAUGGCUCCUUCUACCGAACCCGACCAUGUUGGUGACAUUCUCCACAACAGCGGAUGGGGCAAACCCUCUGAUGCUGCUGCUGGUAUCUCUCCUACCUUGAACGAAGUCUACAUGCCAUGCAUGUCAAAUGCUGAGUGUGCCCUCACUUUUGGCAACACUAUUACCGACGGUAACAUUUGCACCGAUACCACUGGCGGACACAGCGCUUGCAACGGUGAUUCUGGUGGCCCAUUGAGCUUCAUCAACGGAGGCGUUUACAACCAAGUUGGCAUUGUCAGUUUUGGCUCUUCGGCCGGCUGCGAAGUUGGCUACCCUGCCGCCUACACUCGCGUUUCCUACUUCGCUGACUGGAUCUCUUCCGUCACUGGAUUAGUCAUCUAAAGACAUCGCUUCUCUAGCCUAAUGCUU